UAUAGAAAAAUUAUUAAAAAUUAAAGAAAUCACAAACAAAAAAACAAGAUGAAAAAGGGAUAAAAAAACUUAUACUUCAAAGAUAAUGAAGAAAAACAACUUAUUUUUGAAAAUAAAAAAGGGAUAUCAACAAAGAAAGAGUAAAGAGUUUGUUAAUUAACUCCACUAGUAAAAAUGCCUAGCUUAGAGAGAAUAUUUUUUAUUUAUGGUGACAUACUGAUAAACUUAAAUGAAAAUAAGGAGUAGGUUUUUUUUGAUUAGUUGAAAUUGCAAAGUGCUUUGAGGCCAAUCUUAAAUAUAAAAAAAGAAAAUGAAUCCCUUUUUAUGAGAGUUGAAUUUAAUAAUGAAUAGUAAGGAUAAAUAGACUUCAGACCUAUUAUUAAUAUUAUGUAAACGAUGCAAAAUGAUUAAAUGUACUAGCUUUCUUAAACAUUGUCAUAGUAUCAAUUAUAAAUAUUGAAACAAAUCUAAUUUCCUAAUACCAUUGACCAUUCUGUUUUAAGAUAAAAAAAAGAAGUAUUAAGAUACUUUAAAGACUCUAUCAUACCAUAGAUUUUGAUUUAAUAAUACUAAGAAAAUUCUACAGAGGUUCAAGCAUAUGGGUUGUUUGAAUGCUUAGAUAGUAUGUAUGAUUCUAGAAUUAGUGAAUAUGGAUUUAAUUAAAACUAUCUCCAUUUGAUAGGUACAGAUUUUGAAACAAUCUAAUAAUUUUAUCUAAGAGAAGGAUGGUUUUCUGUUUUUUAUAGUUACAGCAAUGAUGUUGUAAAAAAGCACCUUGAAAAAGUAAUAGAGUAUUUCUACUUUUAGUUGAAUAAUGCUUGUAAAUAAGAAAACUAAUAAGAGUACUAAAUGAAUAUAAAUUUCUCUACUUUAGAUUAAAUAGAGAUUUCAGCACAAUUUAAAGAAAAAACAUAUUUCGUCUAUUAAAAUAGCUAGUAUUUAUUUACAGAUUAUGUGGUUCCUGAAAAUGUACAUAAUAUAAUAGGAUUAUUUGGCAUCAUGACUAUUGAUGUAAAUCCUUAAUAAAUAAUGAAACUCAUGCAAAUGAGAUAAGAUAGUUAAUAGUUUAAUUAGAAUAAUUUACUUUCUUAAUACGGCGAACUAUCCUUAUCUUAAUUUUAAUACGAAAUUUAAUCUAAAUUCUUUAAAGAUAAAUAUUAUUAAGAUAAUCUUUCUUCUACUUGUAAAGUAAAAUAUAUAGGAUGA